AUGUCACUGAGACAAAUCAGAAAGCUCCGAAAGGAGCUCGAAAAGGAUUCCUCAGAGCCUGAAUCUCCUCCAAAGGUAACAAUUACGAGCAGACCGCCAAGAUUUUCAUUUAAUAUGCUAAAUGAUGAUGAUUCGGACGAAACAUCUUCAAGUGAAAGCGAAUCGUCAGAUGUAUCCAAUCCAUCAAGUGAUGAUAUCGUUUCGGAGGAUUCCGUGGAUAGCCAGCCAUCGGAAGAUUCUGAUUGGGAAAAGCUACUAGAAGGGGAAUGCGAAUUCGCGGAAGAAAAGGGAACAUUGGCUGGUAAUACUUUUGAUGAUAAAAGACACUUUUUAUCAUCUUCAAUCCAGGAUUUUCGUUGUAAGGAAAUCGGUGGAGCUCCUGGGAAUGCCCGCUUUAAAAAAAGUCUUUUGAAGUCAAACAAUAGAUAUUGGCUAUGCCCAGGUGUUUCUACAAGGGAAUUAAUGUCUUUGAGGGCCCUGUGUUUAAGACAACUGCGCAUAGACGUUGACUCAACCCAUGAACGGGAAACAUUUCUUCUUUAUUUGAAUGACUCAUACCGAGAAGUAGACGAAAUAUGCCACGUAGCUGUGAAUUCUCAGGAUUUUGAACUUUUUAGAAGGUUGCUGGAAUCACAUCCAUUUCAUUUGGGAAUAUUGACUAGAGCGAGUUCCAUCAAUACGAUUUCUAAUAAUCAUGAAGAAGCAUUUAAACACCUAUACUUGGGUGUGCGUAUGAUCCAAACCGUUUUGCCAAGCAAAUUUUCCUUGGACCAUUUGAAUAGUUCUGGACUACCAAACGUUUGGAUGCCCUCAAAGCUUGAAGAUAAUAUCGUAAUAUACAGGCUUUUACUGUUAUACAUGAUAUCCCUGGAGAGGCAGGGACAAUGGUCUGUGGCUUUGGCAAUCUGUAAGCUGCUAAUUGCAAUGGAUUUUCCGGAAGACACAUGUCAUGGGAUAUUGCACGUUGAUUUGUAUAUUCUAAACCAUGAAAAGGAUCCAAACUCAAUUCCAAGAUUCAUUUUUAACUACUGCAAGCAAAUAGAGUACACUUUACCGCCUCUCCAUCUGUUUUUACCAAAUUUUGCCUUUUCACUACCAUUGCAAUUGUUUUUACACAAUACAAUAGAUGAAGAAGUCCCAAUCUUGGAACAGGAGAGGCUCUUGGAAAUCAAAAAAUUGUUGAAAAAGACAUUGCUUCUUGUAGAAGAUGCGACCGGAGUUUCAUUUUCUCCAAAAACAGAGUUUGAGGAAUAUCUAGAACUUCUGAAAGAUUUAGGAGUCUAUGCUCCAUACCUUUUUUUGCUGAGAAGCUUGUUAACUUUCCCACAAUUUAUCGUAAGAAUGGCUGAAAAACAUACUUCUAACCUUGAACUACGCUCUAUCGCAUCGCAAGAUUUUUUCUCCGUAUGGAAUGAUUAUGAAGACUCAGAUUUCGAUUCACAAUUAGUUCGCUGCUACAUCACAAAAUCUGGAGAUUUGUGGACAGGAAAGAAUGGCUCUUUCUUAUGCAAUACAGCUCUCCUACUCGUUGAACUCCUAAACGAUCCCGAUUGUAAAUCCGCGUUAGAAUCAUUUCAAGCUCUUUGGUCCGCCUACAUGGAUGAGGUGGAUCUACCAGAAUAUCUUUUUCAGGUGUCUGCAACAGAGUUUGAUCUUUCCACAUACUCACUACCAAUGCAACUUGAAAUUGCUUAA